AUCCAACCAGUCCUCUCACAUCCAUCCAUCCAUCCAAACCAGUCCGGGAGACCGCGACGCUGUCAUUAGCGAGCCGCUACCCCUCUCCACUGACAUCCGUUAGCAGCUCGCAUCUCGUCUCCUGCAACUGUGCAAGUGCGCGGGCAUGGCGGCUUCCUCUCGCAUCUCGUCUCCUGCGUGGCUGUUAGCCGCGCACUGGCACUGCGCUCUCCUGCUCGCUCUGGCUGGAGUCGCCCGUGGCCACGCCGGCGCGGCGCUGAGCUCCGCGUUCUACGACCUGUCGUGCCCCGGCGCCUACAACGUCGUCCGUCGCGUCAUCCAGAGCGCGCGCGUCUCCGACCCGCGCAUCCCGGCCAGUCUCAUCCGCCUCCACUUCCAUGACUGCUUCGUCAACGGUUGCGACGGCUCCCUUCUUCUGGACGACGAUCUCCCGGCGAUCCGGACCGAGAAGAACGUGCCAGCCAACAACAACUCGGCGCGCGGCUUCCCGGUGGUCGACGGCAUCAAGCGCGCGCUGGAGGAAGCGUGCCCGGGCAUCGUCUCCUGCGCUGAUAUCCUUGCCCUCGCAGCAGAGAUCUCAGUUGAACUCGCUGGAGGACCACGCUGGAGGGUGCUUCUUGGCCGCCGAGACGGCACGACGACCAACGUCCAGAGUGCCAAGAACCUUCCCAGCCUUUUCGACUCCCUUGCCAAGCUCCAGGAGAAGUUCAGAAACGUCAACCUGGACGACACUGAUCUCGUUGCCCUCCAAGGAGCGCACACAUUCGGCAAAGUCCAGUGCCAGUUCACGCGUCACAACUGCUCGGCGGGGCAACCACAGGGCGCACUAGAGGACCUAGACCAAGUUACACCCACCGUGUUUGACAACAAGUAUUAUGGCAACCUCUUGCACGGCCAAGCGCAGUUGCCGUCCGACCAGGUUAUGCUAUCCGACCCUACGGCACCGAGAACCACUGCACCUGUUGUUCACCGGUUCGCGAGCAACCAAAAGGAUUUUUUCACGAACUUUGUGACAUCCAUGAUUAAGAUGGGGAACAUCAGCCCGCUGACAGGGAAGGAUGGAGAGAUCAGAAAGAACUGCCGGAGGGUCAAUACUCAUCAAUAGGAAAGGCUAUUGACGAAGACUCUCAUUCAAUUGGUUUAUUUUCUUUUUUAACCUGUUAUUGUUGUGAAGUUCGUGCAAAUCAUUCUUGUGUCAUUCUUUGAAAAUGUGUCAAUGUAUGUACCCUUUUCCCGUUGUUGGAAAGCAAAUGUGAAAAGUGUUUUUACACCACUUGUAUAUGCAUUCCUCGUAAAAUAUAAUCUCUAUGUUGUUAA